AUGACGAUGAUUGCGGCUGGCUUGGAUUUGAAUAUGCGUCAACCCAUAUCAAAUGCUGUGACGGGCAUGUUCCCUGUCAAAGGUGCAAGAACAGUGCUUUGCAAAUACCCAUACAACACUUAUCGCUACUAUCAGAAAGUUGUAUUCCAUGGUUCGGAGCAGCCAGCCACGGAACCUUGCGUUAUGGAUCUCCAGAAUGCUGUGGCUUUGGAAAGUCUAGAUAUAAGGCUUCAAUCAGGAUCUGAAGAGCGACAAGACAAUGCAGGAAGACCGCAAAUUGGUGUUGAAUCAGUACCCGACCCCAGCUCGGUCGAUACAGAAUGCUCAAGCUCAUCUCAAACUGCUCAUACAAUUUCUGCUGAUCAUCCAGCACAUCUUGGGAACUAUCCAUCCAAUUGGGCUUAUCCGAUCGAUACGCCAUGGAAUUCCUCAGCCUUUGUGGGAUCGGAGUUUUUGGGAAGCAUGGAAUUGUCAAAUGAUAGCACAGAUUUGGAGAGAGCAAGAGAAGCAAUCAAUCCAAUGGCACUUGCCGAAUAUGACGCAGAUAUCAAGGUUGGCUCUGUGAUACAGUGGUAG